CGGACCUUGCUGGUGCGCAGGCAGGUGGAGGCGGGGGGCGGGCCCGGGGCGGGGCCGGGGCUCGGUGCGGGGUGACAGUGCGGCCGCCGCCCCACGCGGCGCUGCCGCCCCACCCGCAUGGAGGUCGGUGGGGAGGCGCUGCCCGCCGACCUGCGGGAGCUGGUCGGCAAGGUGGGACGGCGGCCGCCCGCCGGGCUGCUGCGGGGGCUGCGGGCCGAGACUGCCCCCGCACCGCCGGCGACAGCACCGCCACCAGCACCGGCCCGCGGUGCCCGCCUGCCGCUCGCCGACCGCCUCCGGGCGCUCCGCCUAGAGCUGGCCUACUUGCGAGCAGUUGACGUGAAGAUCCUGCAGCAGCUGGUGGUGGUGAACGAGGGCAUCGAGGCAGUGAAGUGGCUGCUGGAGGACAGGAGCACUCUGACCAGCCGCUGCAGCAGCCUGGCCAGCAGCCAGUACAGCCUGGUGGAGAGCCAGGAGGCCUCGCGGCGGGGCAGCUGGGACAGCCUGCAGGACCCCAACGACAGGCUGGACAGCAUCUCUGUCGGUAGCUACCUAGACACGUUGGCUGAUGACAUGGAUGAGUAUUCCCAAAACGCCUCUGAAACCGCCACUGCAUCCACGCCAGGCAGAGCCCUGAUCAGGGUGGAGCAGGAUUGGGUCAGGAUUGACCCUGAAAGGGGUCUUGCAAAGCAAGAGAAGGGCAAAGCAGAGCAUGAGUGGCCCCACAUAGACCUCUCCCUGCCUGGGCUGCCCCAGGAUGACCCCUUUGCUAAGGAGCCCCAGGUGGCCAACGGGUAUUUGGACCAGCAUCCCUCCUCUCUGGAACCAUGCAGAGACAUCAACUUGCCUUCAGGGGCUGGGGAGAAGGCGGGGAAGGGGAACUCAGGAGGGAAGGCUCGAAAAGCCGAGGCUGACUAUGAGAACUGCAAACUCAACAGCAAACUACACACGGAGUACGAUGCCCACUGGCGCUGGCUCCAGUCUCAGGAUGAUGUUACGUUCUUGUAGCUCGUGGCUUUGCCUUCCCAGUCCAGUUCUCCCAACUGGCCUGGUCUACAUUUGUCUCUGCUUGGGAAAGUUGGGGUGGCUGGAGAGGAGAGGGCCGCCUGGCUUGAACGUGUUGCGCUGUUUCUCUGAAGUCCCCAACAGUGUUUGGUGAUGCAGCCCUAAAGGAUGGGGUGCCUACCCUGUGGUAAAUUUCUGGGAGAGGUGGGAUGAGGUAGUCCCCAUAAAUAUAGUCCUUUGCUCUGGGGUGAUGCUUGUAGGUAGUGGCUGGUCACUCUGUUGUCCUUGAUGUUGGUGGCAAGGAAGAGUUGAUCAGGAAACCUGGGACAGUGGGACUCCUGGGACCUCUCCCUUCUAAUCCUCAGCCUCCUAUCUG